CCACGUCCAUGGGCAGCGCGGGGCCUCGCGAGGACGGAGGGGACCAGGGCCGCGGCGGCCGGUGCCGGUGCCGGGCGGGUCCGGAGGGUCCUGAGGGUCCUGAGGGCUGCGGACACGACCCUCGCCCUGCGCUCGGGGUCGAGAGUGGGGACGCCCGGGACGCCGCGGGGCCACCUGAGCUCAGGGCUGCCACCUGCCCCCGGCCUCCCCCGCGGGGACCGUUUCCCUCCCGGCCGGUCGUUGAGGGGCGGCUCGCGGUCGCCCCGCCUCCGUCGGGACGCAGACCUGAGGGGGCGGCGCCGUGGCCCGGCCGUGAGUAAGGGCAGCGGGAGGGGGCCCAGCCCCUGCGCGCCUCGGCGACCGGACCUAGGAACCGGACCAGACCUGAUUUCCUACCAUCGCUCCGCCCCAGAAAAGGAGUUCAUUCCUUCUUUAUAACUUAUAAGCCAUAUCUUAGUUACGAUGCCAAGAAGAUAUUUCAUCAGGGAGGAAACCAGUGCCCUGGGGGCUUCGCAAAUAAUGAUUGCCUUGUUUCACUGUGCCCUGGGAGGUUUUUGGAUUUUUUUCUUGCAACUGGAAGAUGAGUCAGACAGUGAAAGUUCUGCUGCUAUCAUUGGCUUAGUCUCUUACUCGUUUUCAUCAGCACUGUUUUUCAUCAUGUCCGGAUCCAGCACUGUGAUCCAGAAAGUUCCUUCAAGAUCACACAGGAUUAUUUUAGCAACUGUAAUGAACAUCUUAAGUGUCCUCAUAGCUGUAAUUGGUUUACUGAUAUUAGGCAUUGAAUUUGCAAUUUUUGAAGGUAAAGGAGAGGAAUACUCUUGGUCAAAUAUGGCUGGCAUGAUGCUCAUAGAGUAUCUUUUCCUAACCACCAUCACGGAGCUGGUCAUCGCAUGCAUGGUCACCCACUGGAUGAGAAGAGCCUUGCAUCAUGAAGCAGUGCCUGAAGAAUUUAGUCCCAAAACUUCCUUGGAAACCUCGUUUUCAGAGCCUUCAGACGCGUGGUGAAGAGCCAGUGUGACUCCAGUCCAAACCCAAACGUUGUGAAUCGGGAGAACUCUGCAAUUUUUUUCAAGAAGCCUUGUAAAAAAAAUACAUUCUAAUGAAAUAUUUUCCAGUUCUCUCUUUCCUAGGUCUUCAAUAAAGGAUACAAUUUGAUCACAAAUUGACUCUUUU